AUGAAAGCUACAGAGUUUGGAAUCGUCAAGCUCUUCAACGAAGUGCAUCCCUCAAAAGCCAUGGCCCCAAUGAAAGUCACAGAGUUGGGAAUUGUCACAUUCUGCAACGAACUGCAUCUGUCAAAAGCCAUGGCCGGAAUGAAAGCUACAGAGUUUGGAAACUGCAGGCUCUCCAACGAACUGCAUCCACGAAAAGCCGACUCCCCAAUUGAAGUCACAGAGUUUGGAAUCGUCAAACUCUUCAACGAACUGCAUCCCUCAAAAGCGCUGGCCCCAAUGAAAGUCACAGAGUUUGGAAUUGUCAAGCUCUUCAACGAACUGCAUCCACGAAAAGCCGAGUUCCCAAUUCUUGUGACAGAGUUGGGAAUUGUGACACUCUCCAGCCAACUGCUUCCAUCAAAAGCCUCCUCCUCAAUUUCUGUUACAGAAUUUGGAAUCGAUAAAGUCCGCAACGAAUUGCGAUGCUGGAAGGCUUUGCUUCCAAUCCGGUCAGAGUUUGGGAUGGCAAACCCCUGA